UUUUGUUAUGGUUUGUUUUUAUUGUUCAUCUGUAUUAUGUACCCUCAAUCAGGGCAUUGCUGCAAAAGAGCCCUGUGCUCAGUCAAUUCUCCCUGAAUAAAUAAUGAUGAUAAAGAUGAUAUACGUUGCGAUUUAUAGUCUGGAAAAUACGGUAUUAAUUUGUAUUUGUUUUUGUUUUUUUAUAGCAACCCAACUUAACGGUUCCAGCCAAUGGUCAUCACCUAGCAACAGCAGCACACAAGGAGGGCAGAAUAUCCCACUGGGAGAAGAUAUAAACAAGGUGCUGUCACUACUUAAGUUAAAAUCCCAGACCACAGCUAAAGAUCCUGCUAAACCUCCUAUAGUCCCGCCCCCUCAGGGCAACCAAUCAGGGCCACCUAUGAAACUGCUCCCCGUCCCAAUCUUUAAAAACGGUGAAAAACCUUCUGAGAAAGCUGACAAAGAUGCCAAGGGCUUACCAGACACACCAAGCACUUCUGACCUCACUGAGUCCCUGGCAAAACAUGCUGGGAAAGUCCCCUCCAGUCGCUCAUCGCUCGUUCCUGAAGACGGAGCACCCGAGGGCCCAGCUGUUGUGGCACAGAAUGGCAGAGAUCUGAAACAGAAUGGCAGAGGUCUGAAAGGCAGUUUCCUGGAUGUGGAUGGUCCUGAUGACCGCUCCGAGUCACUGGCAGAGGAUAGCAGGCCGGUAAACGCCUCGAGCUUGGAACAAGAGAACCAGAGUCAGCCCAGAGAGGUUCCUACUCAAGGGGAGGCUCCCGACUGCAACAUCGAGGAACCAGAAGAGGACCCAUCUUUAGAUGCGGCCGUGGCUACAGACAGGGCAGAGCAGCAGUGUGCAGACGAGGCUGCAGCGGCGGCCUUGACUUCAGAGGAGUCCAGUAAGGAGGCUGUGUGUGCAGCGCUGCUGUCGUCUCUCGUGGUGGAGAACGGCGUCCCAAAACCUAGACGAGGUCGGCCCCCCAAGCAGGCCAAGGCUGCCCCCUCUCUGCCCGAAGCAAAGACUAGACCACCUCCACCCCAGAAGGUCAAACACUCUCCAAGGCUCCACCCCGAGGGUCGUCAGCUGCGGAGCCGCUCACCAGCGCUUGGGCGUGCACACACACGGAGAGGGCAGAGGAGGGGCCGGAAAUGAGUGUUGGUACUACAGGAGAAGAACACAGAGGAAAGAGAAGAAGAGAACAGAGGACAGAGAAGAAAGACAUGAAUGCGCUCUCUAUCCAUCCAACAGACGACCGGAAGCUGGCAUGAGCCCGGGCAGUGUUUGGGUUUAGUUAUCUAGAUGAUCUCAAAUCGUAAUCGUCUGGUUUCUGUUAACUAAAUCAGCCCUGAACCUCAGUUCAGAGAGAGCACAGUGGUGUGUACAGCUGCAGAGCUCAACAAACACUCAGGAAUGUUUAACACUGUGACAGCUCGAAACAAAUGUCUUUAUUGCAUUGAUGAGUUUUUGUUUGUUUUCUAUUUACGGGGGGGAAUUCUACAGGAAAUAACAACUCCCCUCUCAGACAUUUUUUGUAAAGCAUUAAUUUAAUGUGUGGCUACCGCAUGGAUUACUGGUGGGCACAGACACUGGUGGGCACAGACACUGGUGGGCACAGACACUGGUGGGCACAGACGGAUUACUGGUGGGCACAGACGUUUAGUUUACCCCAUAUUGGGGGCUGCCUUGUUCCUGUAUGUACUGACAUAAGUGUAUAUUUUUAAGUGCCUGAACAAGAAAUGGUCGUCAUACAGGUUUCUGAGUUAUUGUAAACCAAAAGUUUAUCAUGCCUUCUGUAAUUGUAAGGAACGUAACUACUCUGUUCAAUAAACUGACGUUGAUAAGUGAAGGUGAAUUAGGAAGUUCAGAAGCCACACACUUACCAUUUAUGAAAUGUAACAUGCUGCCUAAGAUGGAUAUUGUGUUGUUAUAGAGGUCAUUGCUGCAGGGAUGUUUUACCUGAUUUAAAAUGAUGAUCAUUAAUGUCGAGAGAGGCCUUAUCCCAGAGCCCAAUGAUGGUCAUUAAUGUCGAUAUAGAGGCCUUAUCCCAGAGCCCAAUGAUGGUCAUUAAUGUCAAUAGAGGCCUUAUCCCAGAGCC